GCCAAGGUUAAAUUCCUACCUAGGGAUUUUAAUUUCACGUUUUCGCCGGUUUAUGGGUUACAUACAAGAAGAGAUAGGAAUGCUUUAUGGGAAGGAAUGGUCAAUUUUGUCCAUACGGACAAUUCGCCAUGGAUAUUGGGGGGUGACUUUAACGUUGUCGCAGCUGUUUCGGAAUAUAGAGGUAAUUCUAGCCCAUUGCUUAAUGAUAUUGGGGAUUUCAGAGAAUGUAUUGACUCGUGUGAGUUGGUUGAUAUGCCAAUGGUUGAGUCUACAUAUACAUGGACGGCUGUUCGAUCAAAUGGAAGAGUUUGGGAAAAGCUUGAUAGAUAUUUGGGAAAUCAGGAGUUCAUAAAUCAGUUCGGGGCAGUUUGUACAUAGCAUUUGAGUAAAACGCCCUCGGACCAUUGUCCGACUAUGUUGAUUUGUGAAGAGGAUUCACCAGGAGGACCAAAACAGUUUCGGUUCCAACACAUGUGGUUUACUCAUGGAGGUUUCUUGACUUUAGUAAAGGAAAGGUGGUCUUCUUACCCCACGCUGGGGGAAUGAGGGGAUUGUUGGACAAGCUACGCAGUUUGAAGCUUGAUUUGAAGAAGUGGAGCAAAGAAGUUUUUGGGGACAUUUUCCGGGAACUUAAGAGGUUGGAAAUUGAGGCUAUGAAAGCUGAAUUUUUUUUGAGGAAGAUAGCUCAGAGAUUAAUAGAUGUUCGUGUUUCAAGAAGCAGGCGGAGUUGCUAUUGAGGGUGAAACAACAAGAUAUGUUUUGGCGUCAUAAAGCUAAUGUUAAGUGGCUACGAGAAGGGGAUGAAAACGCUCGUUUCUUCCAUGAAGCUGCAAAGGAGAAAGCUAGAAGACAACACAUUAUGGCUAUUAAAAAGCAGAGUGGCCAAUGGUGUUAUGAUACAAAAGAAAUUGGAGAGGAAGCGGUUGCUUUUUUACCAAUUUAUAUGCGGCUGAGCACACUCAGUUUCAUGAAGAGUUACUAGCUCCCAACCCAGAUGCUCCCAUGGAUGACAGUCGUGUGCUUGCUGCUGGUGGAGUAGGAAAGAGGAAGAAGGCUAAGAAGAAUAGCCACCCCAAAUCUUCCACUGCUGCUCCUCAGAACACCGAUCAGUCCCAUCCUGCUCAGGUUGCUCAACCCAUUCAGCAGGUUUCCCUUGAAUAGGUCUUUGAUGAUGAUAUGCUGAUAGACAACCCGUUCGGGUCAGACCCGCUGCAUCAUCUUUCGGAUGCAUUCCAG